CCGUAGACUUUGACACCUCAAAAGCGCAUCCAGUAUACCAACUGAAGCAGUUUAUAUUCGUCUCACUGUUUAUGCCUUUCUACUAAUAUGGCAUCAUUGAAAGGACCCGGAGCUGCCCAAACCUAUGAUGGUUCUGGCCUGAGGAUUGCGAUCGUCCAUGCCCGAUGGAACAUGGGCAUCAUUGGUCCUCUGCUUGAAGGGGCUAAGAAAAGCCUGCUCGCUGCUGGCGUGACGGAUGAUAACAUCACGACCCUCACCGUUCCCGGCAGCUACGAACUACCUUUCGCAGCCCAGCGCCUCUACGCUGCUUCCCAGCUUCAGGCUGCCAAGGGCUCCUCUUCUGCUGGAGGAAUCAGUGCCACGGAUCUCUUGUCCUCCUCCACCACGGAUCUCAACAAGGCACCCCCCCAGUCGCCUGCCCCCGUUGCGACCCGUCCCUUCGAUGCCAUCAUCACCAUAGGUGUCCUAAUCAAAGGCGAGACGAUGCAUUUCGAGUACAUUGCAGACGCGGUGUCCCACGGGUUGAUGCGUGUUCAAUUAGAAACCGGGGUGCCCGUCAUCUUUGGCGUUCUUACCGUGCUCAACGAAGAGCAGGGCCUGGAAAGGGCUGGUCUCGGCAAGAAGGGCAUGCACAAUCAUGGAGAGGACUGGGGCAAUGCCGCCGUUGAACUCGGGGCUAAAAGGAGAGAUUGGGCAGAAGGUAGGAUCGUUUAGUGACGAAUUCGGUUCUCCCACCCCAGACUACGCAGGGCAGAACUACAAUGAUGAGCCGGGGAGACAUGAGUUUGGUCACCAUUUGUAGCGAGGAUGUGUGACUUAUGGCUUCUGUACUAUUGGCGGACGCCAUCUUCUUUUCUGAAAUCGAAAU